AUGGGUACCCUAGAUCUAACCAUACAGGUUUUCAACCUUUCCCCCAAGGUUACUGUUGCUGACCUUAAUAGUUUCUUAUCCUAUUGUGGAACUAUUGAGGAUAUUAAGUUGCUCAGAAAUGAAGACCAAUCACAGUUGGCUUUUGUGACUUUCCGUGAGCCAUAUGCCCUGCAAACUGCUCUUCUCCUAAAUGGUGUUGUCAUCGUAGACUAUCCAAUUCGUGUACUACCUCUACAAAAUUUAGCAACUCCCAUUUCUGAUAGGACGAAUAAUGGAAGCCAGAAUCAGUGGCAAGGUGUCUUUCCGAUGGUACAGUCUGUUGUGCAAUCUGUAGCUUCACAUGCAUACGAAACUUUGAACAGGACCAAGGAUGGGUUAGAAGCGAAAUACAGACUCUCAGAGAAAGGCAGAAUGCUGGGAGAACAGACAAGAUUGGCGAUAUCUGCAGCUGAGCAGAGUGCAGUGAGGGUUGGAUCAGUAAUCAUGGAUAACGAGUAUUUCUCGGCGGGUGUACCUUGGCUAUCUAGUGUACUAGACAAGACAGCCAAGCGUGCUGCUGAACUGGGGGGUCAUGACAAGAGAAGAAACCCUAACUCAAGGAAACAGAAAUGA